AUGGCCUUAAAAAGCAGCGAUAAACUUGAGAUUACAGAAGAAAUACUCGAAUUAUUUAGAGAGCAAACGCAAAGUGUAUCUCUCAAAAGUUCCAGUGGAUCGUCGUCCGCGGUGGAUCGUGCGUGGAUCGCGACCGUUUCUCCUCGCGUGAAAAGAGGAAGGAAGAUCGGCCAUAAGGAGGCGGGUGACGUGGAAAGGGGUGAAGGAAGAGCUCCUGUGGAGGAAUCAUCCGGCGUUCGAUCGCCGCCAUUUUUGAAGCAGAGAGAAUUUCGAAUUCGUAUGAUUCGUUUCGAUUUGGUAACCGUUUAAUGUAUUCUGUCCUCGACGACCUAAACAACAGAAAAACGGGAUUCUGAGAGGCUUCCUUGUGUAGUCGCUUGGCGAACAGCGUUGAUGGAAGUUACUUUGCCUCAUGAUUUAUCGCUU